AUGAAUAUAACUGAUCUACUCGCCAACAUUUCUGCUAUCCUCUGUGAUCCCGAUUUGGAAAAUCAUACUAUUUUCUGCAGGAAUCAUUCUGAGCAUUUUAAAGAUUUAGACCAGACAGUUCGGAUUCUUCUCUAUUCCCUGAUAUUUCUGCUCAGUGUCUUGGGCAACACCCUGGUAAUCAUAGUGCUGAUCAGAAACAAGAGGAUGAGGACAGUCACCAACAUAUUCCUGCUGUCACUGGCCAUCAGCGACCUCAUGCUUUGCUUCUUCUGCAUGCCCUUCACCCUCAUUCCCAACCUCCUGGAGGAUUUCAUUUUUGGCAGCACUGUCUGUAAAAUUACCAGCUACUUCAUGGGUGUCUCAGUCAGCGUAUCAACGUUCAGUCUGGUUGCAAUAUCUUUAGAAAGAUAUGGUGCUAUUUGCAAACCAUUGCAGUCUCGGGUCUGGCAGACAAAAUCGCAUGCCUUGAAAGUGAUUGCCGCAACAUGGUGCCUCUCCUUUACCAUCAUGACUCCAUAUCCAAUUUACAGCAAGUUGAAACCACUCUACAACAGCACAGCAAACAUGUGUCGCAUUGAUUGGCCAAGCAACGUGAUAGAGCAAACUUGGUACAUCUUCCAGCUGCUCAUUCUUUUCCUUAUCCCAGGAAUUGUAAUGACGAUUGCAUAUGGCUUAAUCUCCUUGGAGCUCUACAGAGGAAUAAAAUUUGAUGUCAGUCAGAGAAAGUCUUCACGAGAAAGGAAAUCUAGCACCAGCAGCAAAUACGAAGAUGGUGAUGGAUGCUAUCUGCAAAAAGGCAAAAAGAAGAAAAAGAUGCCACUUCAACAGCUUUCGGCAAAAAGCAGCAGCACCAAAAUUGAACGGCCUAGAAGCAAUUGCUCAACUGCUAACUUAACAGCCAAGAAGCUGGUCAUCCGAAUGCUGAUAGUGAUUGUGAUCUUGUUUUUCAUUUGCUGGACUCCAGUUUUCAGUGUCAAUACUUGGCGUGCAUUUGACGCAGAAUUGGCAAAACUGCUUCUGACAGGAGCCCCCAUCUCUUUCAUACAUUUGCUCUCCUACACAUCUGCCUGUGUGAAUCCCAUCAUCUACUGCUUCAUGUACAAGCGCUUCCGCAAGGGUUUUCUGGUGACUUUCACCUGCUGUACCAAGCAAAAACUUCCAGUGGUCAGAGCAGAGAUUGCAGAGGAGGAGGAGGAAGGGAAGACCACAGGAGCAACGCUUUCCAGGUACUCUUACAUGCACAUGAAUGCACCUGCUCCCCCAUGA